AUGCUGCCAUCCACGCCUCCUCGGCGACCUCACCAUUCUUCGUUUGAUCUUGCUGGGAGUACCGACACUUCCGGUCGCCGUCCAAACUCUCCUCCGAGCUCUCCCUCAUUAUUAUCCAUGACAGGAUCAGCAACUAGCACUACCUCAGAUGCAGAGGAUAAAUAUCCGUUGACACCCAAUUCCAAGGGUUCCGGCGGCGCAUGUCGUAUCGCCAACACCUCUGAAGGGGUUGGAUCGCCAACUCCGAGUCAUUCCACCGAGAACCAACACAGCGACGCUCCCCCUCCCGAUGGGUGGAUCAAUUCGUCUGAAGACCACCGUGUCCUUGACAGGCUGUUGAAUAACAUUGUCUGUGACCAGGGCAUAUCGGAAAUUGUCGAACAGAAGGUUAAAGAUGCGUAUUUGAGGCAUUUGGGGCGGCUCAAUGCGAACUAUUUCCACCGCGUUAUUCACUUACUGGAAGCAAUUCGGGAGCGGGAACGCAUGCGCUACUUCGUCUCAUGCUGGGACAUCGCGGUAGUCCAAAGAUGGGAAGCUGUUGCUGUUUCUGCGUCUGAUACAUCGAAAUCGGACUUCGUUAUGGUAGAGCGGGAAUUGGGAAUGGUAUUGGACAUCCUUUCUCAACGACUGUCAUUACCUCGUGUACCUCCCACAGACUCGGAUAGUCAGCAUCUCCUUACCGCCCGUGACAACGAUAGGAGAUCUGUCCGGCGGGCUGACGACGUACUCGGCUUUUUACAGGCUCAUGCUCCUCCUAUGGAGAAAUGUCUUGUGGAUCACUAG